AUGCAGUCGCCCAGAAUCAGGCACUCGGCGGCCUUCAUGCCGGCGUCCGGAGCCGCCAUCUCGGCCGGUGGAGAAUGCGAUCGAGUCCUGCUGCACGUUCCCCCCUAUUCACAACGGCCAGCCAUUGCCCGAGCUCGCGAUACCAACAUUCAAAAUGACAUGGGGCACAAGUUGUUCCACUCAGUUCAGUGGGGACUCGGAAACCCCAUCGGCCAACAUCACGCAUUAUCGCUCAACCCUGCCCACGGUUGGACGACCGACUUGAGGGACGAUGACGGCAUCGUUCAAACGAAUGAAAGGCGGGGUGGGACGAAGGAGAAAUUCUGA